UCAUCAAAAGUGUGUCAAACAUUUGCUCAGUGCAUUCCUCAUCCAUUCAUAUCCAUCGUAGCCCCUGAAACCCUUUUGUUGUGGGCGGUGUCUGCUCAUUCAAUGUGUGUUAUAUGUGGCCAGAGCCACAGCCAGAGAGACAGAGAGCCAGAGCACCAGAGAGCCAGAGAUUAUAUCUGGCUGAGUGAACGCCUUGGCUAAAUGAAAUUCAAUCAGGCUAAUAGCUGGCGUAACCAAUGGUCCAAUGCUCCAAUGCGCCAAUGCGCCAUUGCCUUUGGCUUUGAUUCGAUUAUGUGUCCUCGACUCUGUGCCGCACCACACACAGAAUGCCAGUUGCAUUCAUAACGAUAUGUCGUCGUCGUCCGUUUUCGUUGUCGGGUUGGACAUUUUACUGGAUACAAAAAGUGGCCGUGGCAGCGCUACUUCUGCUCUACGGACUGUCCAAGGUCUUUGGGCUGAUGGCUGCCUCCACGCCGCACAGAGGACGAAGAGUGCGGGAGUCACUGUACUGGCGCAUCCAUGGCUAUGUGAUGCUCAUCUUUGUGGGCUGCUUCUCGCCGAUUGCCUUCGCCUCGGUCUACCAGCGGAUGGCCUUUCUGCGCCAGAACCGCCUGCUCCUGCUGAUUGGAUUUAAUCGCUAUGUCCUGAAUUUGGUCUGCUCCUUUGCCACGCUCUACAUCCACACCACGAAGCAGAGGGAGAUCGUCGGGUGUCUGAAUCAGUUGCUCCGUUGUCGGCGCAGGUUGAAGCGCCUGAUGCACACCCCAGAGCUGCGGCAAUCCAUCGACCACCUCUCCACGAGGAGUAACCUUCUAAUCGUGGGUGUGCUCAUCGGCGUGUACAUCCUGUCGCCGGUGCACACCGUCCAGAUACUCUCUUGGGACCCCGCGGUUAGGGCCAAUUUCCUGUACGCCUUCAGCCUGGUAUUCAUCUACGCCUGCAAUCUGAUCCUGCGGCUCUCCCUGGGACUCUACGUGCUGGCCCUGUUGCUGCUCGACCACCUGGGGCAUCAUUCAAAUCAGCUGCUGGCCAGAAUCCUAGCGGAUGCUGCCUCGCUGCGUCCGCCCUUUGGCUACGGCAUCAUUCGGCGGCGUCAACAGCUCUACCGCAGCCAACAGACUUGGCUGGCCCUCGAGCUCUGGCGCCUGCUCCAUGUCCACCACCAGCUGUUGGCCCUAUACCGCUCGAUAUGCUCGCUCACCGGCCUCCAGGCUGUCUGCUUUGUGGGCCUGGUGCCACUCGAGUGCAUGGUGCACAUGUUCUUCACCUACUUCACGCACUACAGCAAAUUCAUCCUGCGCAAAUACCAGCGACCCUUCCCCUUGAACUAUUACGCCAUGGUCUUCACGGCGGGCCUCUUCACCCAUCUCAUUCUGGUCAUCUUUCUCGCCCAUCGGAUGAGCCGUCGCUUCGCCCACACCCGGCAGGCUCUCAGGAAUGGUGUGCUGGCCCUGCCACCGGGUGGCACAGUCAAACAGCUCAAUCAAACUCUUCACUACUACGGACUGUACCUGAAGAAUGCCGAGCACAUAUUUGCGGUUAGCGCCUGUGGACUGUUUAAGCUGAAUAAUGUAUUAUUAUUCUGCAUUGUGGAGGGGAUGUUGAACUACCUGAUGAUACUCAUACAAUUUGAUAAGGUCAUAAACAAAUAGGCGAGACAACAUCGAGCAAUGACAAGUGCGAUAAAUAAAUACACAGCGAGUGAGAGUAUAAAUUAAAAUGUUCUCUCUCUCGACACUUAAUAACUCAUGGAUAAACAUACGAGCAGAUUAAGAUGCAUGGAAGUGGGAGUGGGAGUGGGAGUGAGGGUGGAGUUUAGCUGUGGGACUG